UAAAAGCGAGAGUGGUCAAUGAUAUGCUGGGACGAACAAAGAGUGACCUCUGCUGUACAGAGUGCCCUGAAUGCUCACUUCUGACGUACUCGCAAGUUUUACGACGGUGUGCUUGCACAAUGACAAUUUCCGUCAGUUUGACUUGCAGAUCGCGACCGCGUUGAACUCGCCUGUUUUUCGUCGGCAGUUUAGGCUAAAACGAAAUUUUUAUUAUUACAAAUUAGCUGUAGAUAUCGAUGACCCUAUCUGAUACAAAAAGAGAAGACUUUCUUAAAUAAGUAGAAGUUAUGUUUGCUUCGGUGUAACUCUGAAAUUCCAGCUCGAGGCCCAGCGGAAAGCUCGAGCGGCAGCUCAAAAAGUUUGUUGUUGUCACGUGACGUAAGACGAAUGUGGUGAUAAAAGUUUGUUUCGAUAGUAAAACUAGGUGGCGUACUACGUUCUCAGAAAAUACUGAAAAAAGUUUACCCUACAAUGCCUCAACCAAAAUACCGAAAGAUCGCCGUUAUAGGUUACCGGUCCGUAGGAAAGUCAUCUCUAACAAUUCAGUUUGUGGAAGGGCAAUUUGUUGACUCCUAUGACCCCACCAUUGAAAACACCUUUAACAAAAUGGUCAGUGUGAAUGGUCAGGAUUUCAAUCUUCAGCUUGUUGAUACUGCUGGACAAGAUGAGUACUCAAUUUUUCCACAAUCCCACUCAAUGGAUAUCCAUGGCUAUGUCCUCGUCUACUCAGUGACUUCCAUGAAAAGUUUUGAAGUUGUGCAGGUUCUACAUGACAAGCUGCUAGACAUGGUUGGGAAGAUUCAAGUUCCAACUGUUCUUGUUGGAAACAAAAAAGAUCUCCACAUGGAAAGGGUUAUCAAGCCAGAGGAGGGGAAAAAACUUGCUGAUUCUUGGGGUGCUGCAUUCAUGGAGUCUUCAGCAAAAGAGAAUGAGACUGCUGUGGAGGUGUUCAAGCGAAUCAUUUUGGAGAUGGAGAAAGCUGAUGGGAAUGCGCCUCCAGAGGAAAAGAAGUGUGCUGUGAUGUGAAAGUGGAUUCAGAACAUCAGUAAGCUAAUUUACUGAGGACAGGAGGCACAACUUCACCAGCUUGCCAAUAGUGACCUCGCCAAUACCAAGAUGCUGCAGUGGAACUUUUCUUCUUUGUCGUGAUAUCAGAUUGAUUUAUUUUGCAAAGAAACUGCCCAGACAGUUGAUCCCCUGUCUCACUAAUGUACCGAAUGGAAGAAGUUUGUAGACCACAUUUGUCACUGUUAUAGGCAAAGAUGAAACAGAGAUACUUUCAAUUUUGAAAUGUAAUCUGGACAAAAUCUUGAUAUGAAUUUCAACCAAAUAGUGAGAAAAGAUAUACGAUAUGGCAAACUUGGUUCUUAUUUUUUUUGUUGAGAACCAAUGACUAGUGACUCACAACUGAGUAAAUGAGUUUAUGUACAGUGACAGUUGGUAAAUGAUAUUUCUAUGGACUUGUGUCUCUUUUUUCAGUAGAUGCAGUCAAGGUUCACAUUGCUUUAAAUGUGAUAAAAUGUCACUAUUUCUAACAAACCGGGGUUUUCCUUGAACAAUCUGUAAUGAAUGUCCUAUAAGAAGUUUCACUGUGGUUUCACAGUUCAGUUUCACUGUAAUUCUUAUCAACUCAUCUUCAGGUACCUUUCAAAAAUGAACUUGGAGCUGUUGUCAUGACAGGGAAGGCUGUUAUUGUAUAUUUAACAAUUCAUAUUUUAAGAUCUGCCAAGCAGAUUUACCUCUGUUGUUUCUUUAGUUUAAUUUCUCCCUAUGAACCUUAUUAGAGAUGUUAUCUUAUGGACAGCACUUAGUAUAGAUUGGAAUAGUUUUGUUAUUGAUCAGUUCUGGCCUUUUUAUACAAUACAAUAGAAUCUUAGAAAUUGGUUAGUACUUUUGAUUAUAUCUGGCCUGAUGCAAGUUUGUGCUUCCUGUGUCAUCCUGUAAAGAGUACAUGCUUACUUGCCCAUUAAAAUCAUGAUAAUUUUUGAGUUUAGAUUUUUAGAUAGCAUUUUAAAACUGCACGUGACUAUUUAAGUGGUUGAAUUCCACAGAGCUGGUAAUUGUUUGAGUUGAUGGGUUCAUGGUCUCUUGAUGGAAGCUGUUUAACAAAUUAACAGUCAACUACUUGAGAUCUUUAUUAAUAUCUUUUUGUAGCCUUAAAACACAUGACAGACAUGACUGAUUUUUCCUUUGUUCAUAUUAGCCUCAUAUUGUACCUGUAGUUGAUUAUUCUAAUUUAACAAACGCUUUGCAGAAAUAGUUAAAUGAUGGACGAUUGAUGGUAGCUGAGCAGAAGCUGGUGAUGCUGUGUCUUGUGCCUUACAGUUAAAACUUCCUUUAUCUGCUUCCUUUCCUUAUCUUAAGGUGCUCAUAAAGUUUAUUUUCCCAUUUGUUGACUUGACACCAUGGGUGCAGGUGUCGUGCACCUGAGCACCAAUGUUCCCUUGUGGGUCAAUGUUAAUUCAGAAAUCUUGCUGUAAACGGUUUUGUAAAUAAAUAAAUCUGUUACUCCUU